UAAUGAACCAAGGUUAGAUCAAUGGAGAUGGAGAAGAAGAUGGAGAUUGAGAAGAAGACGAAGAAGAAGGAGAUUGAGGAGAGGGUCUGCAAGAGGUGCAAAUCGACAUACAAUCCACACUCCAACUCCUCUUCCUCUUGCCGAUUUCAUCCUUCUUUCUUCGUUUGUCGCCGUCACGACGAUCAGAAAAGGUACUAUGAGUUGGGCCCCGAUGACCCUCCAUAUGCUGCCAAGUUCUAUGAUUGUUGUGGGGCUGAGGAUCCCCAAGCACCCGGCUGCACCACCAGUUCUCAUCUUUCUUAUGAUGAUGAUGAUUGAUACUACAGUUUUUUAUCUGUAACUCCCUGUGCUGUUGUGAAAUCUCAAUCUCAAAUCUAGGCAUUUCACUAUGUUCAUGUACCAUUCCAAUUUCCAGUACUAGAAAUAUAUGACCAUGUUAUUAGUAUUCGAAGAGGGUUGUCAUCUUUUAUAUUCUUUACUAGUAUUUGGUUCCACAUUUGGUAACUCUAACUCAAAUGCAGACAUGUUGUAUGCCACAUGUAAUGACUGACUGUCUGUGUAGAGGAAGUUUCGUUUUGUUUGUGUUGUUGUUGGAAGCUAGCACCGGGUGGCCCUUCCCCAAUGUCAUCUUGGCCCAGCACUACUUCUAAAGAUGCCCGCGGUCGAAUGCUGACCAAGUCUCAGAUUGUAGCAGCAGCAGUAGCAGAAGCAGAAGCUAAGUGUGUGGAGAUGGAGGUGGAGGUGGAAGUGGAAGUGUGAGAAGAUAAUGUGGAUGGUAGUACACUCACUUUUAGAGGUUUUGAAGAGUGAAAUAGAAGCAGAGGAAUAAUCAAUCAAUCAAUCAGUUGCAUUGCAUGACAUGAACCAAGUUGACACUUGACAAAAUGACAACUGGGUUUGGUUGGGAAUCAAAUUAAGGUCUUCUUCACUCACUCACUCUGCAUAUAAAUUAUAAACAAAGCAUAUUAUAUAUAUAUAUAUAUAAUAAUAAUAGAUAUGAGUUGUGGUGAUUCUGUGCUCUGAUAAUGGUCCUCCUCUCUCAUCUCAUCUCAUCUGAUCUGAUCCUCGUACUACCCAGACAAUGUUUUUGGCUAAAUUACAUAAAUGCCCUUGAGAAAGAGAGCCAUUAUAAUGUGCUUGUGCUUCCCAUUCUGGUUAAGAAAUGUAUAUUUAUUGUUUCAUCACUGUAGUUGUAUAUUUAUUUGAAAUGACAACAACAUAUACUAUUAAUGGAAUAGCAUGAAGAAUAUGUAUAAUGUGGUCCCCAAAACCAUUAGACCAAUUACUAUGAAAGGAUCCAUGCACAUGGCUUCCUUCCUAUAAUAAUAAUAAUAAUUAUUAUUCAUGUGUACCAA